GCUUCAGUAUUGGAGCAACAAACGUCAUCGCCGACGACGAUCGACUGGUCAAAUAAAGUGGGCGUGGCGUACUGCAACCGGCCACCAAAACGAGACGUUUGCUUAAACGGACACAUAAAGGGAAGGACCCUAGACACAGUUGUCAUUCCUUAUUCACAUUUUUUGAAGUUUUCAUUUGAAACGUCACAGAUGAAGCCGCCGUGAAUGAAAAAACUCCCAAAAUGCUGAUUGUUACAGUUACAGUUAUCUCGCUACUGGUCAGCGUAACGCAUCAAUUGCUUAUGUUUGAUAAAGUGGAAGACGAUCAUCCAUGUCUGCUUGCAAUGUGUGAUCAAGAUUCUGGAUGUGUACCACUUGGAUGCUCAGUUGAUCAAUUUGAUCGAAUUGGUUGUGGCUAUUUUAGGCUCAAUAUUUAUCAAUUCCAGCAAUGCUACCAACCGGGAAAAAAAGACGAAGAUACGGAAAACGAAGCCUGGAUGAACUGUGCUCAAGAUUAUCAAUGUUCUGCUUCAUGUAUCCGUACUCUGGCCACCAAAUUCCGAGUGAAAUGCUAUGGAAAAUCAGAAUGCGAGACAAUUGCACGUAUUCAUGAUGGUGGUGCGAAUGGAUGUAGAGAUCGGGGAACAAUUGGAUAUUGGAAAAGAGUUCGAGAUUCGUGUGGUCCCGAAUGUAACAAACCUAUUUUUACAAGACAUUUCUGAUGAACAUUUUUUAAUACUUCAGUCGCAUAUUUAUAUUGGGAAGAGCAUUUUCUGUGCCACAUUGCUCUCUAAUAAAUAAUUAUUUUACU